GCGAAGGGACAAGGGAGACGCUGCCCAGUCCUCUCCACGCGGGCGGAUGUGGGCUGUAAGACCAAGAGGACCGGUCAACGCCCGCAGAACCAGGCUAGGCGUUCGAGCAAGGCAUGCGUCCUAAGACCUUUUAAGAGUCCAUGGUAACAUCCACCAACCGGAGUUCGUCGUGAGAUCUCGGGGGUCUCACUGCCCUCGAGCCCUGUCCGCGCCCCUCUGGACCCGGGAUUGCAUCGCUAGUAGGAGAAGAGUGGGGGUUGCAAGAGAGCCCCGCCAAGAGAAAGGGCGUGCGCUUUUGGUGACCGGGCGUCCGGACCUGGUUUCUUCUUUAUCCCAUCCCUGGGAGCGCUUCAUGUGAGGUUGCACCACGAAGAGGAGAGCGGCGCCGGCUGCCAGGCACGCACUGUUUCGAAGAGGCAAAGGCCUUCUUUGGUGCAAAAGCACACGUACGCGUGCCCACACACCUUCUUGAAGAAAAGAGACUGGGACAGAAAUUCUGGACAGGGUCCUUUAAGUCAUCAAGAACUGUGAACUUUGAGUGGGGUCCCACCCAAACAGAGAAAUAAACCAUCCCAUUCCAGCAACUGGUAUCACUAGUCAGAGUACUUGACAACUCCAGAGCCUCCGCCUCCCCCGAACAACCCAAAAUGGCUGCUUUUGGAUACACAUUCCCCUUCUACGCUGGGCCCAAGCCGACCUUCCCAACGGACACCACAUUGGCCGUCAUCGUCGCCAUCUUUCUGACUUCACUGGCCACCUUCAUCAUCAUCCUGCCAGGCAUUCGGGGCAAGAUGAGGCUGUUCUGGAUGCUGCGGGUAGUGACCAGCUUAUUCAUUGGAGCUGUGAUCCUCGCCGUGAAUUUCAGUUCUGAGUGGUCUGUGGGCCAGGUGAGCACCAACACGUCCUACAAGGCCUUCAGUUCCCGGUGGAUCAGCGCCAACGUUGGGCUGCAGAUUGGGCUGGGAGGCGUCAACAUCACACUCACAGGGACCCCAGUGCAGCAGCUGAACGAGACCAUUGAUUACAACGAGGAGUUCACCUGGAGCCUGGGGGAGAACUACGCUGAGGAGUAUGCCAGUGCACUGGAGAAGGGGCUGCCAGACCCCCUGCUCUACCUGGCCGAGAAGUUCACCCCACACAGCCCCUGUGGCCUGCAUGGCCAGUACCGCCUGGCGGGACACUACACCUCGGCUAUGCUGUGGGUGGCAUUCCUCUGCUGGCUGCUGGCCAAUGUGAUGCUGUCCAUGCCUGUGCUGGUCUACGGUGGCCACAUGCUGCUGGCCACGGGCCUUUUCCAGCUGUUGGGACUGCUCUUCUUCUCCACGGCCACAUCCCUCACCCCGCCCUGUCCCCUGCGCCUGGGUGCCGCCACGCUGCAUACUCACCGUGGGCCUGCCUACUGGAUCACGUUGACCACAGGACUGCUGUGUGUGCUGCUGGGUCUGGCCAUGGUGGUGGCUCACAGGAUGCAGCCCCACAGGCUGAAGGCUUUCUUCAGCCAGAGUGUGGGGGAGGACCCUGUGCUGGAGUUGGAUCCCGAGGAAGGGGGACUCCUGAGCCCUCGCUACCGGUCCAUCACUGAGAGUCCCGAGCCCCAGGACAUCCCUCUGUCAGAGGCUUCCUCCGAGGCCCCCUGCGAGGAGCCCGAGUGUGCACUGUAACCGGAACCGUUCCUUUACCUGGUGGCACCUGGGCUUCCAACAUGGCUCCAGACUUUUCUGGAACCGCCCCCCCCAAAACCACCAGAACUGCCAACAGGCUGGGUUGUAUCAGUUCCCGGCCCCAAUCUGAAAGUGGAAUAGGGAAAGAAGCUCUAUCUAUUGAUGUAAAAGUGGAACAAAACAUAAAGCCCUAAGGCAGACAUCGAGGCUGCCCAUAAACCAGAUCAAGCAGAGAUUACCUGUUUCUGCCCAGCAACCCUGCUCUCCCCUGGUACUUUGCCUCAAAGUGGCAUUUACUGAGACCCAGCUUCACCCACAUAACGACAUAUGUGUGUGCGGGGUUACAAUGUGAUUCUCCUAUGGUCCCUCUUAUCCUUCCGCAUGUCUUUGAUUUCCUUUUUCCUGGGUCCCUUUUGUUCUUCUUUUACUGCCCCAGCUGGUGUGAUUUCACUAAUACAAUGAAA